GACCCUUGUAGUCUUCCUGCAGUGUCCAUCAGGCACAUCGCGCGACAUUUCAUAUUAAACCAAUGUUUCUCCUUUGCUGCGUGAACUUCCUUCUGGUCUAGCUAGGUGUCUGCUGCAAGAGAUGGAUUUAAUAACAUUCACAGCGGUUGUACUCGUUGCGAGUUUACAUUCGCUGUCAGUGAAAGGACAAAGCUUGGUUUCUUGUGCCCAGACAGUAUGUGCGGGGGACAGAUCUUGCCGUAUAAUUCAGCGCUGCUGGAGUGGUGAUUGUCAGACUGGUACCGGGUGUGUAGACCCAUCAAAGCUGCCGCUGGACCGGACAGACUUCAAGUGCCCGUAUGACGACCCCAUCUUGCGUUCCCUGGAUGGCGGGGCUCUCGUGGAGAUCAAGUGCGGGAGCUCCAACCCCCUCAACACCUGUCCGGAGGGAACCGAGUGCAUCGAGCCUGCUGGCGUCUGCUGCACUGGAGCCACAAAAAACACGGGUCAGUGCCCAGCCACCCGUGAGAACUACUUCCAGACCAAUGGCGGGUGCAGAACCUUCUGUCGUCACGACCAGGAGUGUCCGGGAUACAAGCGGUGCUGCGCCACAGGCAUCGGGUGCAACCACUGCAUGGACCCUGUGCCCGCCCUCACCUGCGAGACCAAAGCGUGCGACGCCGGGUUCCACUGUCUGAUGAGCGGCGGCAACUGUACAUCUUAUCCCUGUCUCGCCGAGCCUGUCUGCAUCGCCGACAAAAUUGGCGACUGCCCGGUGCUGCCUGGGAUGUCCAUCUGCGAACACGUGUGUCUUGUGGACACGCAUUGCCCUGGAGAUCAGAAGUGUUGCUCGGCGGGUGCGUGCCACGUCUGCGUCUCCCCCGCCCUGUACACCACCACCAGCCUCCCUCCUGCUGACGUGGGGGGCCCCGGGAGUGUCUCAAGCUCCACCUCGGCGUCCAGCACACCAUUGUUUGGCUUUGCCAGCCUGGGCUCGAUGGAUGCCAGCAAUAACAUCAUUACACCUGCUGCCGGUCCAAACCCGCCGGCAGUCCCCAUGUUUGAUAUGAUGAGCGGAGUUCAGCCCACAAACUCUGGUCCUGUCCAGAUGAUGGCCCCGACACUCGGCGGGAUGGGCUCUGUACAAACCAGCCCUACGAUGCUGCUCGAUCAACAGCCCAGCAGCAGCCCCCAAAUAUCCACCUCUGGUCUGGAUAGUUUAGGUGGCGACCCCCAGGGACCUAUCUCCGUUGCUGCAGUCCACUCAGGAGGUUUGACAGGUAUGAAUCUGUUUGGACCUCCACCUCAGCCAUCAGGUCCUUCACCUGGUUUCUUCAGCGGUCCCCGCUCUCCCCGAUGGUUGCAGACCUCCAGAACUUCAACCCUCAGUCUCAGCCCCAGAAGCGGACUGCAUGCAACUUUAUGUGCCUCAUGAUGUACAUGGGAUUCAUGAACUAUUGAAAUGGGUGGGGGUGCUGACUAAGUUACAUGACCCACGCAAGUCCCCUCUCCCUCUAAACCUCCAACAGACAAUAUUUUAAAUACUUAUUCAUCAAUGUGCUGUGUCCAUUCAACAAAGCUGCUGGAGAGAGUCGCAUCUUCUGUCAUGUUCACUAACAAUUUACUUAUUCGUCUUGCUUGAAUGAUUCGUGAAGGCAGCUUCAUGCAUGUAGUAGCCCUUUGAGCGAGUGAGUCUGUAAAUCAGCAAAUGAGUCUGUCAGUGAUUGAGUGAGUGACCCGGUAAUUGCUGUGGACGUAGGCAAAAAAGCUAUAAAAAAAAAUUAAAAAAAAUGCAGCGGCAGAAGAAACGAACGCUGAACGGCGCAAGAACGUCAGACCUCCUGUGUGCGAGUUCUGGACCUGACGUGUCAAAGGUUGGGUUAAUCACUUUGAAAGCUGUCUGCAAUAAGCAAAUUGCUCUCUGAUUACAAUUAAUUGUGUGCUUUGAUAUUGUACAGCAAAAGGUAAUUAUCACCUAAGCUAGGGGGCCCCACUUUUUCAUAUGUUUAACCCUUGCUGUUGUAAUCUGUCUACUUGUGUGAACACUGCAAGUUCCAAAAAUAUUGUUUUUGUUUAACUGUUGGCUCUAACAUUCAAUGCAACAGAAAGUACAAAAAGUUGAUAAAUAAAUAAAUCAUUCCAUAAACCACUUUUACCCAGUGGAUAUGAAAAUACCCUGGCUGCAAUAAACAAAUGAAUUUACGCAUAGAAUUCACAAGUUUAUUAAAGAAUAAGAAUGUCAAGCUAGAACAUGAGUUCUUUGUUUCAACAUAAAGGUAUAUAAAUUUUUCUAAAUGUUUUGUAAAUUGUCAUAGAAUUAGCUUCUCCCGAUGGUAUCACACCAUGUUUUGUUUGUUCCCAAACCUUUGCUUGUACAGGACAAUGCUUCGUCUUCAUCGAUAACGUCGUCAUCGAGUCAUUAACGUGCUUUCAGCUUGUAUAAUGAAAUAAAACAGCUCUCGUAC